CAUUUGCAAGUACCUGGAAGUAAAAUAUUUACAGUGAUUCGUGUAAACACGCGUGAGGUGGACAUGUGACACUUAUAAACAGUAGCAAGUAGUUAACCUUCCUUCAAGAUUACAGCCUCGACAACGUGUAAGGACACUUGUUGAAGUGGGUCAUAACCCGCAGGGAAUCACCACCUUGACAGCAGGAGAGCGCACUCCUCACUCCAGCGUCGGCGCCUCCAUACUUCCCUCUUCCAGGGACAUUCAUUUAAUCAUACCUUCUCUGUCCCUCGUCACAAUCCCUCAUCUUCAGUGUCCCCAAAUCUACAGUCGACCGCUCCUUCCCUCGACCCGUCACCUUCACUCGACCCCCUCACCUUCACCUCACAAUUAUCUUCAGUCUUCUCUUAACCCUCCCUAACCUUCAAUCGUCCCAUCACCUUCUUCAUCAGUACUAUUCCCCUCCUCCUGACGGAGGCGUGGGGAUGCCUGGCCUCCACCCUGGAGAGUAAGGAGGCGGCGCGCUCCCCCCGGGGCGGGAGGGAAGCCAGGAUGUGCUCCACCCUGGCCUCCGGCAGCCUGGAUGGGGGAGGAGGACCCUCUCGACCCCCUACCACAGUGGGGUCAGAGGUCAAAAUGAGGCGUUUUACCCUCCCCAACCUCUUCCUUACCGUCGAGGGCCAAGAACGCAAGUUGGAAGAGAUAUGUCCUGGAAUCUACGAAUACACAGGUCACCGACGGUCGCCCAAGUCGCCCAGAUCGCCCAAGUCGCCCAGGAGCGUGAAGAGCAGCUCGCCCAUCAGUCCGCGGGGCCCUCACUGCCACUGUCACUGUUCCAAAGUUCCCAGACAGGACGACCAGGGGUCGUCGACCGCGUCUUCGCCCAGCCCCCGCAGGAAGCGGCCGCCCUACAGCCACAUCCUGCUGAGUGACCGCAAGCCCUCCGCUGGCAACCUCCUGGCCACCACCUUCGGCAUCGUCGACCGUGACGCCCUCACGCAGUCCCUGCCUCUCAUCCACGAGAAGGAGAAGGAGCAUGCGAGGCUGGUCGUGGAGCGACCAGAGAUCAGGGACCCACAGGCGGGAUUCGAGGCGCUGGGUGGACGAUGCGAGUCGUGCAGCACCUGCACCGACAGCUGCCUCAGGAAGCUGGGCCUUGAGCACGAGGACGGGUCACGCUCGCCCUCCAGUAUCUCACCCAAGGCAGAGAAGAUGUACUCCUUCUUCGAGAAGAGCCUGUCGCUGGUGAGCUCCUCACCAACGCGCUUCGGGGACCACCUUGCUCCUCGGGAGAAGCGUAGCCACUCCCUGGCCACGCCGACCGCCAUGGCAAACGUGGUGCACUUUCAGGAGUUACACAGCCGUCACGCCGAGAACCAUCUUCUCAGGACGGUCAAUUUGGCCGCGUCCAAUGCCGUUCUCUCUCGGAUAUCCGCGCGUCUGAGAGCAGUGACGUCCGCGACGCAGCAGGAGUCGGUGGAAGAGGUUGAUGAAGAGGUCGAGAAGCUUGCUGCGCAGAAUCCCGACUUUAUCGACUCCAUUUUAGGAGAGACCAACGCGUACGACGCUAACCUGGCUGAGGGGGAAGGAAUGUCCCUGAUACCAGACGGAGCUGAGACGAUUCCAGCUACUCUGGAAGAAAAUAGCAGUCAAUGCACCGCCGAGACAGGAGACACAGCUUCCCUCGUUGACAAUGCGGAAAAUAAAACAUCCUUCAUUACAGAAAUAGUAGGAAAGAGUUCCCUAAUUAAUGACACGGUAGAAACGCACUUUGCUGCUGAUCCAAAUGACAAGUCAUCAUCCACUUAUGAUGCUGUAGAACUGUCCCAUAUUUCUGACGCAACAGAGACGUCCCUCACUGCCGAGGCGACAGAAACGUCCCUCACUGCCGAGGCGACAGAAACGUCCCUCACUGCCGAGGCGACAGAAACGUCCCUCACUGCCGAGGCGGCAGAAACGUCCCUCACUGCCGAGGCGACAGAAACGUCCCUCACUGCCGAGGCGACAGAGACGUCCCUCACUGCCGAGGCGGCAGAAACGUCCCUCACUGCCGAGGCGACAGAAACGUCCCUCACUGCCGAGGCGACAGAAACGUCCCUCACUGCCGAGGCGACAGAGACGUCCCUCACUGCCGAGGCGACAGAAACGUCCCUCACUGCCGAGGCGACAGAAACGUCCCUCACUGCCGAGGCGACAGAAACGUCCCUCACUGCCGAGGCGACAGAAACGUCCCUCACUGCCGAGGCGACAGAAACGCCCCUCACUGCCGAGGCGGCAGAGACGUCCCUCACUGCCGAGGAAGUUACAGCUGGAAGCAUCUUGAGCAUAAGUCAGAGGGUGCGGGAGUUGACGCUGCAGCUGGAGGAAGGUGGGAGUGAGAGCUUGGAUCGGGCGACGAGUGGAGGUUCUCACCGCCCCGCUGAGACCAUCAUGAUGCCCACACAGUAGUCCCUCGUCUAAGUGGCUACAGCUGGGUCAACCGAGCUCACCACUCUGUAAAUAUCAUGACUCAACAUGAACUACUUUACAACUGCGCGGGUACCAGAACAUAGAUAUGUUGAUUGUUAAAUGGCUGAAGACAGUCCCAACAUUAUUACAAGCUUAUGUUUGAUGGUGUGUUGAUAAUUUAACGUGGUACUGGAAGUAUUUAUCUUCGGCACAAACCUGUAAUAAGCAUUGCUUCCUGGUGCAGAUGCGCCGCUGAAGCAUCCAUGCCGUAGCCGACCCUAUCACCGCCUGGCCACACAAGACACGGCUCACUUUGUUAUUUGUUCAUGGCAAGUGUGAUCAUUUGAUAUAUAAUCUAUCAUAUAUUAACAUAUUUUGUUCUGGAUCCUAUGACCAAUUAUGGAAUAUCUUACAACCAGAGCGAUGUUGAAGCGAGGCUGAGAGGGAAGGUACACUUAGAGGGCAGGUACAUCUGAGAGGGUGAACACACACUGAAAGGCCAGGGGUCAGAGGGGGAAGGUACAUAGACUCCAGCAGUGUGUGUGUCAAGAGGGGUACUACUCACUGUCUGGGAUGUGCUCUCAUUUGAGAAACUCUCUCUCCUCAACUUGAGAGUUACACAAGCAAAAGUUUAUCAAUACAAUAAAUGUUAGAUUUUUGUUCUAGAUUAUUAAUCAAAAUAUCUCUUAAGAAAUCACUAUUGUAACAUUUUUGUGACUGGGGGUUACUUUAUACUGUGUUGGCAUGUUUCAUGGGCGUCUAUGGCAGCGGACAUGUCACCUGGAGGAGGUGUCACACACAUGUCACCUGGAGGUGUCACACACAUCUGUCACCUGGAGGUGUCACACACAUCUGUCACCUGGAGGUGGUGUCACACACAUCUGUCACCAAGGAGAGAAUCGGCCGAAUGAUUCAGCGUGGAAUCGAACACAAUCCCUGCUCUAUUGUUGUAAGUUGUCAAGUGUCCGGAGAGGUUCUCAGAUGUCCAUGGAGGUUUGCAAGUGUCCAGGGAGGUUCUAGGGUAUUAGAGAAAGUUUGCUAAUGUCUCAAGAGGUUCUUGGAUGACCGAAAACCUCCAAAUGUAAUGUCAAAGAGUCCAAGAUAUCAGUUACAUUUCUCAAAUGUCAGGACCAGUAUUCAUCAAGAAUCACUUACGAAACUUGUGCAUCUUUCAGUAAUCAUGGCGGCUUUGAUUACAUUUAUUAAUCGAACCUUCACAACGCCCAUUAUAAAGCACCUCAUAGUACUUGAGGGCGCGCAUAAACUGUUUAAUAAAUGUUAACAAAGCCGCCGUCAUCGAGGAGAAACAGGUUGUGUAAGAUGACAAGAAAAUGAAGCGGGUAGCAUGAUUGGGUUGUAGAUGCUCCGGGUAGUAGGUGCCACACCGGCCCGUUCUCCUGAUUUGCUACUCUGUAAAAAUCCUACAUUCUAGCCUAACUAGAAACGCACGAACCCGCCUAAUCUAUCGAGUCCGAUGCAUAGAAAACAGGAGUAUUUGAGAGCUGGUACUUUUCUUAAUAGGUCUUUUGCAUUUGUAACUGUUACAAUAACGGAAACAACGCGACCCGUUAGUGGAUAGGUGGAGCUGGGCAGACAACAUCGUCGGGUGCCACUUGGUCAUCACAUCUUCAGCCAUGGCCACUCCACCUCUGCAUCCUCACCUGCCAUUAAGGUUCUAAAAGUGAAGGAGAAGACUGGACAGGACUUGUGAAGUACUUAAGUCUCCACUUACGAAACCUGUAGACUUUCCUCAAUAAUGACGGCUUAGUUUGUAUUUAUCAAGCAGUUGAUGAGCUCCGAAGCCCUUCGAGACUGUCUAUAACAAUAAUAACCUUUGGCUGUGAGGUUUCCAAGCUGGUAAAUUUUUUAAUAAGUACAGAUUAAGCCGCAGUGACCGGGGAAAAGAUGUGCAGGCUUCGUAAGUGGACACGUAAGUGCUUGAUGAAUCCUGGCCAAAAUGUCUCGGGUCGCUAAGAUCAUCUUGUUAAGAUCGGGAAAUUGUUCACCUGACGCUGAAGAUUUCAGAUCGCCGGAAGGUAGAGGGAGGGUUCCUGUACCAUUGAACCUGUGUUUACAUAUCCGUGAGACAUGUGAACUUCCUCAGGAGGCUUGGAAGGACAUGACGUCAAAGUUUACCAACUAUUAAGCCUUCUACAAUAUCCUUUAUUCUCAUGUUCAAUGCUUUACUUCUCUACCUUCCGCCUGACCUUCUCCCCUGCCUGUUGCCACGCCAUCACGGUCUGGGAUGGACUCACACCUCGUCAUUCCCAUUUUAUUUCCUGUUCGUGGCUUGGGUGUUUGUUUCAGCCGUAACUGUAUAAUCUUGUGUAUCGCACCAUCAGUAUUAUCGUCAGUGUACUGCGUCAGUAUUGAGAGCCCCCUACCAGGUGUGGAUGGUCUCGAGGGCCCCCUACCAGGUGUGGAUGGUCUCGAGGGCCCCCUACCAGGUGUGGAUGGUCUCGAGGGCCCCCUACCAGGUGUGGAUAGUCUCGAGGGACCCCCUACCAGGUGUGGAUGACCUCGAGGGCCCCCUACCAGGUGUGGAUGGUCUCGAGGGCCCCCUACCAGGUGUGGAUGGUCUCGAGGGACCCCCUACCAGGUGUGGAUGGUCUCGAGGGACCCCCUACCAGGUGUGGAUGGUCUCGAGGGCCCCCCUACCAGGUGUGGAUGGUCUCGAGGGACCCCCUACCAGGUGUGGAUGGUCUCGAGGGCCCCCUACCAGGUGUGGAUGGUCUCGAGGGCCCCCUACCAGGUGUGGAUGGUCUCGAGGGCCCCCUACCAGGUGUGGUCGUCUAAGGGGACUCGGACGGAUGAUGGUCUGAGAAAAUAAUUUUUGUGUAUGUGUAAAAUGUAACAAUAAACGCGUAUAGAA